UUUUCCAUUAAAGUUGCAAACUUUAACAAGAAAACUGAGAUCAAAAUCUGGGUUUUGGAGGGUUUUCUAAGCUUUUGUUACUGAAGCGAGAAUUCUCCGUAAAUGGACGGUACAGACAUAUAUAGAGCAAGUAGUAGUAUCAGAGGAGGGGGCUCUUCGGCACGGAGAAAUAAUGGGGUUGAUGUUUUUUCAAGAUCUUCAAGAGAAGAAGAUGAUGAAGAAGCUCUUAAAUGGGCAGCACUUGAAAAGUUACCCACUUAUGAUCGUUUAAGGAAAGGUAUAUUGGUUAGUGUAUCUAAAGGUGAAAUGCAUGAGAUUGACAUUGAUGAUCUUGGAUUUCAAGAAAGGAAAACUUUGGUUGACAGAUUAGUUAGAGUUGCUGAAGAGGAUAAUGAGAAGUUCUUGUUGAAACUCAAGAACCGAAUUGAUAGGGUUGGAAUAGAAAUUCCAACAAUUGAAGUUCGAUUUGAGCAUCUAAAUAUCGAGGCAGAAGUACAUGUAGGAAGCAGAGCUUUGCCUACAUUUGUCAACUUCAGUGCUAAUAUAGUAGAGGGUUUUUUGAAUUCUCUGCAUAUCCUUCCGAGUAGAAAGAAACAGUUGACCAUUCUUAAGGAUGUUAGUGGGGUCAUCAAACCAUCAAGAAUGACUUUACUUUUGGGUCCUCCAAGUUCUGGAAAGACUACACUUCUGCUAGCAUUGGCAGGAAAGCUUGAUCCUAAUUUGAAGUUUUCUGGUUCUGUGACGUACAAUGGUCAUGGGAUGAAUGAAUUCAUACCACAAAGAACAGCAGCUUAUAUCAGUCAACAUGAUCUUCACAUUGGAGAAAUGACUGUAAGGGAAACUUUGGCAUUUUCUGCCAGAUGCCAAGGGGUUGGAACCCAACACGAUAUGUUAGCAGAGCUGUCCAGAAGAGAGAAAAUAGCAAAUAUUAAACCUGAUCCAGAUAUUGAUGUUUUCAUGAAGGCUGCAGCAACUGAAGGUCAAGAUACUAACGUGGUCACAGAUUAUAUUCUGAAGAUAUUAGGAUUAGAGAUUUGUGCAGAUACCUUGGUAGGAGACGAAAUGUUAAGGGGUAUCUCCGGAGGACAAAGGAAGCGUGUUACAACAGGUGAAAUGCUGGUUGGGCCAGCAAAGGCACUGUUUAUGGAUGAGAUCUCCACUGGACUGGAUAGCUCAACAACUUACCAAAUUGUGAACUCACUAAAGCAGUCCAUUCACAUUCUUAAUGGAACUGCUGUCAUCUCCCUCCUUCAGCCAGCUCCAGAAACUUAUGAUCUCUUUGACGACAUUAUUCUGCUGUCCGAUGGCCAGAUUGUGUACCAGGGUCCUCGUGACGACGUACUCGGGUUUUUUGAAUAUAUGGGCUUCAGGUGUCCUGAAAGAAAAGGCGUCGCGGAUUUCUUGCAAGAAGUGACAUCAAAGAAAGAUCAGCAGCAGUACUGGGCACGUAAGGAUCAGCCUUACAGUUUUGUCACAGUCCCGGAAUUUUCCAGGGCAUUCCAGUCUUAUGAAAUUGGUCGAAAAAUUGAACAUGACCUUUCAACCCCAUUUGAUAAGACCAAGGGCCACCCAGCGGCUUUAGCUACAGGAAAAUAUGGUGCAGGAAAGAUGGAGUUGCUUAAAGCUUGCUUCUCAAGAGAGUACUUGCCCAUGAAGAGGAACUCAUUUAUCUAUGUCUUCAAGCUCAGCCGACUCAUCAUUAUGGCAAUCAUUACUAUUACACUCUUCCUGCGAACUAAUAUGCAUCGAGAUGAUGUAACUGAUGGAGGAAUUUAUUUGGGAGCUUUGUUCUUUACUUUGGAACAUGGCAUGUCAGAAAUAUCUAUGACCAUUGUAAAGCUUCCUGUGUUUUACAAGCAAAGGGACCUCCUAUUCUAUCCUGCAUGGGCAUAUUCUCUUCCGACAUGGAUCCCGAAAAUUCCUAUAACAAUUUUAGAAGUGUCUGUUUGGGUGUUCAUCACUUAUUAUGUCAUUGGAUUUGAUCCUAAUGUUGGAAGGUUAUUUAAGCAGUACCUAUUGCUUUUACUAGUUAACCAGAUGUCCUCUGCACUAUUUAGACUUAUUGCUUCAGUGGGAAGGAACAUGAUCGUUGCUAACACUUUUGGGUUAUUUUCCCUACUUAUACUUUUGACAUUGGGUGGCGUCGUCUUGUCACGAGAGGACAUAAAGAAAUGGUGGAUAUGGGGUUACUGGAUAUCACCAAUGAUGUACGGGCAGAACGCAAUAGUAGUCAAUGAGUUCCUUGGAAAAAGUUGGAGUCAUAUUCCAGAAAACUCAGGAGAACCACUGGGAAUUCAAGUUAUGAAAACUCGUGGGUUCUUUCCACAGGCAUAUUGGUAUUGGUUAGGACUAGGCGCAUUGGCUGGAUUCAUUCUAUUAUUCAACUUAUGUUUCGCUCUGGCUCUUCAUUUCCUUAACCCUUUUGAGAAGCCUCAAGCUGUUAUUUCUGAGGUGCCAGAACCAAGAGCUAGAACUGAAGGAGCCAUUGCCAUUCAGUUGUCACAAGCUGAGUGUAGUCAUAGAACCAAAACAGAAAUUGGGACAAGUGGAAAUGAUGAGGUGAAUCAUAACAAGAAAAAAGGAAUGGUUCUUCCAUUUGAACCACAUUGUCUUACCUUUGAUAACGUUGUAUACUCUGUUGAUCUGCCACAGGAAAUGAAAAGUCAGGGAGUCCUUGAAGAUAAGUUGGUGCUAUUGAAGGGUGUCAGUGGUGCUUUUAGGCCAGGCAUUCUCACAGCUUUAAUGGGUGUCAGUGGAGCCGGUAAAACCACUCUUAUGGAUGUCCUGGCUGGUAGGAAAACUGGCGGAUAUAUUGAGGGGAGUAUCACAAUUUCUGGAUACCCAAAGAAGCAAGAAACCUUUGCUAGAAUUUCAGGAUACUGUGAGCAAAAUGACAUCCACUCUCCACACGUUACUGUCUAUGAAUCCUUACUCUUCUCAGCUUGGCUUCGUCUUGCCCCUGAAAUAGACUCUAGCACUAGAGAUAUGUUUGUUGAUGAAAUCAUGGAGCUGGUGGAACUGAAUCCUUUGAGGCAUGCACUAGUUGGGUUGCCUGGUGUGAAUGGUCUGUCAACUGAGCAGCGAAAAAGGCUAACGAUAGCAGUUGAGCUGGUGGCAAACCCCUCCAUAAUAUUCAUGGAUGAGCCGACUUCAGGUCUAGAUGCAAGAGCUGCUGCAAUUGUUAUGAGAACAGUUAGGAACACUGUUGACACAGGAAGAACCGUUGUAUGCACCAUCCAUCAACCAAGUAUUGACAUCUUUGAAGCUUUUGAAUUAUUCCUGUUGAAGAGAGGAGGAGAAGAGAUAUACGUGGGGCCAUUGGGUCGGCAUUCUUACCAUUUGAUUAAAUAUUUUGAGGAAGUUGAAGGAGUCAGUAAAAUUAAAGAUGGUUAUAAUCCAGCCACUUGGAUGCUGGAAGUCACCAGUUCUGCUCAAGAGUUGGAAGUCACCAGUUCUGCUCAAGAGUUGGCUUUGGGUGUUGAUUUUUCUGCCAUUUACAAGAAUUCAGAACUUUACAGGAGAAACAUAGCAGUUAUCAAUGAAUUAAGCACUCCAGCGCCUGGUUCAAAGGACCUAUAUUUCUCUACCCAGUAUUCUCAGUCAUUCCUAACCCAAUGUAUAGCUUGUUUGUGGAAGCAGCGGUUAUCAUACUGGCGGAACCCACCAUAUACCGCCAUAAGGUUUCUGUUUACAAUCUUCAUAGCUUUGAUGUUUGGUACAAUAUUCUGGAAUCUUGGCUCCAAAACUGGUAAGCAACAAGACCUUUCCAAUUCUACUGGUUCACUGUAUGCAGCAGUUCUCUUCCUGGGAGUGCAAAAUGGAUCAUCUGUACAGCCAGUAGUGGCAGUUGAAAGAACUGUCUUCUAUAGAGAAAGAGCUGCAGGAAUGUAUUCAGCUUUGCCAUAUGCGUAUGCACAAGUCAUAGUGGAGCUUCCAUAUAUAUUUUGUCAAGCUUUUGUGUAUGGUCUUAUAACAUAUGCAAUGAAUUCGAAUGGACUGCUGCUAAAGUUCUUUUGGUAUCAUAUUCUUCAUGUUACUUCACAGUUAUUGUAUUUCACCUACUAUGGAAUGAUGGCUGUCGCGUACACAAACUUAACCACAUUGCUCCAUAGUUUCUUUCAGCUCUUUAUGCAAUAUGGAAUUCUUUUCAGGAUUUGUCAUCUUUAUGCAAUAUGGAAUAUCUUUUCAGGAUUUGUCAUCCCUCGACCUAGGAUGCCUGUAUGGUGGAGAUGGUAUUAUUGGGCAUGUCCAGUAGCAUGGACAUUGUAUGGAGUACUUGCAUCCCAAUACGGAGAUAUUAAAGACCCACUCGAGGAUGGUGACCAACAACCAGUGCAAGAUUAUCUGAGAGAAUAUUAUGGCAUGAAACAUGAUUUUCUUGGAGCAGUUGCAGUUGUGAUUCCUGGGAUUGCUGUCCUGUUUGCCUUUAUUUUUGCUGUUUCUAUUAGGUCCUUCAACUUCCAGAGGAGAUAGAGAUUUCAUUUACCUGUUUUCCCUUUUACCUUUUUGUAAUGUAUUAUUUUAUAAAGAAAUGAGGAAGUGUUAAAGAUCAAAACGUCUACUUCUUGUUCAUUUUUUUGCCAUUACAUUUUAUUUUAUUUAAACAUAUGUCAUCAAUUUCUAACCCCUCAAACGUCAUGUCGUUUCUUAUCUGUUGGGAUAAAAAAGGAAAAUUUCAGCACUCGGAUAACUCAAUAAAACG